AUGGGCUUGGGCCACGAGGAGGGAUUUGGUGCCCCCUGCUUAAAAUGCAAGGACAAGUGUGAAGGAUUUGAGCUUCACUUCUGGAGAAAAAUAUGUCGCAACUGCAAAUGUGGCAUGGAAGAGCAUGAUGUCCUCACAAGCAACGAGGAAGAUCGGAAAGUGGGGAAACUCUUUGAAGAUACGAAAUACACGACCCUUAUUGCAAAGCUCAAGAAUGAUGGCAUUCCCAUGUACAAACGCAAUGUAAUGAUACUGACUAAUCCAGUGCCAGCCAAGAAGAACGUGUCCAUCAAUACUGUAACUUUUGAGUGGGCUCCUCCUGUUCAGAAUCAGACACUCGCUAGGCAGUAUAUGCAGAUGCUACCAAAGGAGAAGCAGCCUGUUGCUGGCUCUGAAGGCGCACAGUACAGAAAGAAGCAGUUGGCUAAGCAGCUGCCUGCUCAUGAUCAGGAUCCGUCUAAAUGCCAUGAGCUCUCCCCCAAUGAAGUUAAGCAGAUGGAACAAUUUGUGAAGAAGUACAAAAACGAGGCACUUGGCGUCGGAGACAUCAAGCUCCCCGGUGAGGUGGAAACAAGAGCUACCGAUAAGAAUAACUUGAACAAUGGUGACAGAGGCACCUCAGCUGCUGUAGGAGCGAUGGAGGACAAGUCGCCAGAGCAAAAGGCAUCUCAAUAUUCCUGCUAUUGCUGCAAACUGAACAUGAAAGAAGGUGACCCAGCUGUCUAUGCAGAACGUGCUGGAUAUGACAAAUUGUGGCACCCAGCUUGUUUUGUCUGCUGCACCUGCAGUGAACUUCUAGUAGACAUGAUCUAUUUCUGGAAGAAUGGUAACCUGUACUGUGGAAGACAUUACUGUGAUAGUGAAAAACCCCGCUGUGCUGGAUGUGAUGAGCUAAUAUUCAGCAACGAAUAUACUCAAGCAGAAGGUCAAAAUUGGCAUCUGAAACACUUCUGCUGUUUUGACUGUGACGGCGUUUUGGCGGGGGAGAUCUAUGUAAUGGUGAAUGAGAAGCCAGUCUGCAAACGCUGCUACAUGAAGAACCACGCUGCGAUCUGCCAAGGCUGUCAUAAUGCUAUAGAACCAGAAGCACAACGUGUGACAUACAACAACUUCAACUGGCACGCUACACAGGAAUGCUUCUUGUGUUCCUGUUGUAGCAAGUGUCUAAUUGGCCAGAAGUUCAUGCCAGUGGAAGGGAUGGUCUUCUGCUCUGUGGAAUGUAAGAAGAAGAUGAUGUCUUAAGAGAAGAUGCACACAGAACCAAGCACUACUGUGUUCCAAAGGCUCUUGCAUUUCUGCUGUAAGAUACACAGUAUCAUAGCAUUUAAAGUUACUGAAAGUAUUAAAGAGCAUUCUCCC